ACCAGAGUCUUGACAGACGGAGCGGAGGGAGGAGACAGAGCCGGACCGAGCCGUGAGCCCUGCACCCCGGUGAGCACACUUUAACCUGCAGGGACACACACGGAGGAUUACUGCUGCUAUUUCCUCCAACACGACAGAAGCCGCGGGGACCGACCUGCUGUUUCCGAGACUUUCUCCAAACUUGUACGGAGGUGUUGGCGGUCUUUCUUGUCAUGCAGAACCCGGCAGUGAGUCCGUACAGGCGGCUGGAGUGAAGCGGGCUGAAUGUAGAACAGCUUUUUCUUUCUUCUCUCUGGAGCUCCAGCUGCUGCAGAACUAAACUUCUUCUUCCGGAACAGAGAGCAUUUCUCCGGCUCUACCUGCCGGAGUCUGCCGCUGCUGGAGGAGUCUAACCCGGCUGCAGGAUGUCUGACUCAGCCUCCAGCUUCCUGCACAUCGGGGAUAUCGUGUCCCUGUAUGCGGAGGGGUCGGUGAAUGGCUUCAUCAGCACGUUGGGGUUAGUGGACGACCGAUGUGUGGUCGAACCAGCCGCCGGAGAUUUGGAGAAUCCUCCAAAGAAGUUCAGAGACUGCCUGUUUAAGGUUUGUCCGAUGAGCCGGUACUCGGCUCAGAAACAGUACUGGAAGGCCAAACAAGCCAAACAUGAGAAGGACAAGAUCGGUGAUGCGGUUCUGCUUCAGAAACUACAGCAUGCGUCCAAUCUGGAACAGAAGCAGAACGAGACCGAAAACAAGAAAGUCCACGGGGACGUGGUCAAAUAUGGGACUGUAAUACAGCUGCUCCACAUGAAGAGUAAUAAAUACCUGACGGUGAACAAGCGGCUGCCGGCGCUGCUGGAGAAGAACGCCAUGCGUGUCACGCUGGACGGGACAGGAAACGAAGGCUCCUGGCACUUCAUCCAGCCCUUCUGGAAGCUCAGAGCCAACGGAGACAACGUGGUGGUUGGAGAUAAAGUGAUCCUGAACCCGGUGAACGCUGGUCAGCCGCUGCACGCUUCAAACUACGAACUGUCAGACCACCCUGGAUGUAAAGAGGUGAACUCGGUGAACUGCAACACCAGCUGGAAGAUCAACCUGUUCAUGAUGUUCAGUGACCACAGAGAGGAAGUCCUGAAAGGAGGUGACGUUGUGCGUUUGUUCCACGCCGAGCAGGAAAAGUUUCUGACCUGCGACGAAUAUAAAAGCAAACUACAUGUUUUCCUGCGAACAACUUUGAGGCAGUCGGCCACAUCUGCAACCAGCUCCAAUGCAUUGUGGGAGGUCGAGGUUGUCCAUCAUGACCCAUGCCGUGGGGGGGCGGGACACUGGAACAGCCUCUACAGAUUUAAACACCUGGCCACCGGGAACUACCUGGCUGCUGAGGAGAAUCCGGGCUAUAAAGGAGACAAUGCAGAGCUGUCCUCCUCGAUGGAUGGUAGUCGUAGUAACAAGCGCUCCCAUGGUGAGAGGAUCAAGUACAAGCUGGUGGUGGUGCCUCAUGGGAACGACAUUGCCUCGCUGUUUGAGCUCGACCCGACCACUCUGCAGAAAACCGACUCCUUUGUGCCACGGAAUUCGUAUGUACGACUGAGGCAUCUCUGCACCAACACGUGGAUCCAGAGCACCAACGUUCCCAUAGACAUCGAGGAGGAGCGACCCAUCAGACUCAUGUUGGGGACGUGUCCCACUAAAGAAGACAAGGAGGCGUUCGCCAUCGUCUCAGUUCCAGUGAUGGAGAUCAGAGAUCUGGACUUUGCAAACGAUGCCAGCGCCAUGCUGGGUACCGUGGUGGACCAGUUCAGCAAGGGCUUCAUCAGCCAGAAUGACCGCAGGUUUGCCAUUAAGCUGCUGGAGGAUGUGGUGUUCUUUGUGGCAGACGUGACGAACAGCGGUCAGCCAGUGCUGGAUGUGGCCAUGACCAAAGCCAACAGAGAGAGGCAGAAACUGAUGAGGGAGCAGAACAUCUUGAAACAGAUCUUCGGCAUCCUUAAGGCGCCUUUUAAGGACCGGGAUGGAGGUGAGGGUCCUCUGCUGCGUCUGGAGGAACUGGCCGACCAGAAGAACUCUCCAUACCAGUACAUGUUCCGCCUCUGCUAUCGAGUUCUGCGCCACUCGCAGGAGGACUACCGCAAGAACCAGGAGCACAUAGCGAAACAGUUUGGCGUGAUGCAGAGUCAGAUCGGUUACGACAUCCUGGCCGAGGACACCAUUACCGCUCUGCUGCACAACAACCGCAAACUGCUGGAGAAACACAUCACCAAGACUGAGGUGGAGACGUUCGUCAGCCUGGUCCGCAAAAACCGCGAGCCCAGGUUUCUGGACUACCUGUCGGACCUGUGUGUGUCCAACAACGUGGCCAUCCCCGUCACCCAAGAGCUGAUCUGUAAAUGUGUGCUGGACCCUAAAAACCAGGACAUCCUCAUCAAGACUGAGCGCCGCAUGCCUAAAGAGGCGCACCCUGGUUCCGUUCAGGGAGAGUACAUGGGGAUGGAGGACUAUGGAGAUGAAGAUGAGGUGUGGCUGAUGUGGACAGACAAGACCAAUGAGAGGCAGGAGAAGAGCAUCAGACAGCUGGCUCAGGAGGCAAGACAAGGAAACGCUCACGAUGAGAACGUCCUCACCUACUACAGGUACCAGCUGAAACUCUUCGCUCGCAUGUGUCUGGACCGUCAGUACCUGGCCAUAGACGAAAUCUCUAAACAGCUGGACAUAGAGCUCAUCUUCCUCUGCAUGAUGGACGAGACGCUUCCCUUUGACCUGCGGGCGUCCUUCUGCCGCCUCAUGCUCCACGCCCAUGUCGACCGAGACCCUCAGGAGCUGGUGACCCCCGUCAAAUUUGCCCGCCUCUGGACAGAGAUUCCCAGCUCCAUCACCAUCAAAGAUUAUGAUUCCAACAUGGAUGACAGCAGAGACAACAAGAAGAACCGUUUUGCCAACACAAUGGCAUUCAUGGAGGAAUAUCUCAACAAUGUCCUAAAUGAUGAAGUGCCGUUCCACAAUGAGGAGAAAAAUAAACUCACAUACGAGGUGGUGAGUCUGGCCAGACACCUGAUCUACUUUGGUUUCUACAGUUUCUUUGAGCUGCUCAGACUUACCAGAACUUUGCUGGGUAUCAUUGACUGUAGACCCAAUCCUGGACAUGCAGGACUCGUAUUCCAAGAUGACGUAUCAGGGAAGAACGUGAAACGCUCGAUACAUGGCAUGGGUCAGAUGAUGUCUACCAUGGUCCUCAGCAGGAAACCGUCCUUAUUUGGAGGGGCAGGUGCCAGAGGGGCGGGAUUGGGGGCAGGGCUUGUGCUUGAUGGACAGAGGGUUACUAAAGACAGCAUUGACAAGAUGGACCUCACGGUGAUGGAUACCAAACUGAAGAUUCUGGAAAUAUUACAGUUCAUCCUGAAUGUUCGUAUGGACUACCGCCUCUCCUUCCUGCUGUCCAUCUUUAAGAAGGAGUUUGUGGAGAUUUAUCCCAUGGCUGACGCUGAUGCCACCACUAGCAUGGAGCAAGCAGACGUCCCAGUCAACAUGGAGAUGGCAGCCAACAUCAACCUCCAGCUCAUCGGAGAGCAGGCCGAGGCCAUGUUUGGAGUAGGGAAGGGAAACAGCAUCCUAGAAGUGGAUGAUGAGGGUGGUCGAAUGUUCCUGCGGGUGCUGAUCCACCUCACCAUGCACGAAUACCCUCCUCUGGUGUCCGGAGCGCUGCAGCUGCUCUUCAGACACUUCAGCCAGAGACAGGAAGUGCUCCACACCUUUAAACAGGUCCAGCUGCUGAUCUCCGCUCAGGAUGUGGAGAACUACAAGCUGAUCAAGGCAGACCUGGAUCGCCUGAGGACACUGGUGGAGAAGUCUGAACUGUGGGUGGAGAAGAAAGACAAAAAGGAGAAAGUAGAGGGGGCAUCAGCGGAAACCGUGCCUAAGAAGGAGAAGCAGGAGAAGGGUAACGAGAACUACCAGAAAGUGAAAGAGAUCCUGGAGCGCCUGAAUAAGAUGUGCAGCACUGGAGUUUGGAAAAAGCAGCAGAGGUUGCUGAAAAAUAUGGGAGCUCAUAAAGUCAUGUUGGAUCUUCUGCAGGUCUCCUACGACAAGAGCGACGUGAAGAUGCAGGAGAUCAUCAAGUACACUCACCUGUUCCUGCAGAAGUUCUGUAUGGGGAACCAAGAGAACCAGGCUUUGCUGCACAAGAACCUCAACCUGUUCCUCAACCCGGGGCUGCUGGAGGCGGAGACGGUGCAGCACAUCUUCAGUAACAACUACCAGCUUUGCAGCGAGAUCUCUGAGAGCGUCCUGCAGCACUUCAUCCACUGUCUGGCAACGCACGGCCGCCACGUCCAGUACCUUAACUUCCUCCACACCAUCAUCAAGGCCGAGGGCAAGUACGUGAAGAAGUGCCAGGACAUGAUCAUGACGGAGUUGACGAACGCUGGCGAAGACGUGGUCGUCUUUUACAACGACAAGGCCUCCUUCAACACCAUGUUGGAGCUGAUGGCUGAGAGCAGGGAGGGAGUUGGCGAGAACAGCCCCCUCAGGUACCACAUCUCUCUGGUGGAGCUGCUGGCGGCGUGUGCUGAGGGGAAGAACGUUUACACAGAGAUUAAAUGUACAUCUCUGCUGCCACUGGAGGACGUGGUCAGAGUGGUGACCCAUGAGGACUGCAUCACCGAGGUGAAAAUUGCCUAUGUAAACUUUGUGAAUCACUGCUACGUGGACACUGAGGUGGAAAUGAAGGAAAUCUACACGUCCAACCACAUCUGGAAGCUGUUUGAGGACUUUACAGUGGACAUGGCUCGGGUUUGUAAUAAACGAGAGAAGCGUCUGACUGACCCAGUCCUGGAGAAAUACAUCAUCAACGUGGUGUUUGACACCAUCAACGCCUUCUUCAGCUCCCCAUUCUCUGAAAACAGCACCUCUCUGCAGACUCAUCACACCAUCGUGACUCAGCUGCUGCAGUCGUCCGUCAGGCUGCUGGACUGUCCCUGGCUGCAGCAGCAGCACAGAGGACAAGUGGAGGUCUGCAUCAAGACGCUCGCCAUGACAGCAAAGAGCCGUUCCAUCUCUCUUCCUCUGGAACUGGAAGCUCAGAUCGGCUCCAUGUUGUCCAACUCGGCUCUGAGCUCCUUGUCCAGAAACAACCCUAACUACAAAUCCUCCACCCGGUCCUCCAGACCCAACAUCUCCUCCAACCCCUGGGAUUACAAGAACAUCAUAGAGAAGCUGCAGGACAUUAUUAACACCCUGGAGGACCGUCUGAAGCCACUGGUGAAUGCUGAGCUCUCGGUGUUGGUGGAUGUCCUCCACCAGCCAGAGCUGCUGUUCCUGGAGGGAACCGACGCCCGACAGCGCUGCGAGUCUGGAGGCUUCAUCUCCAAGUUGAUCCAACACACCAAAGCGCUAAUGAACUCAGAGGAGAAGCUGUGCAUCAAAGUCCUGAGGACUCUGCAGGAAAUGCUGAUCAGGACUCUGGACUUUGAUGAGAAGGGAAUUUCACUGCGGAAGGUUUUGCUGCAGAACUACUUGUUUCCAAACAAGAAGAACAACCAGAAGAACGACCUGGCUGAACUAGGAUCUCCCGGUGGCGAGCAGGAGCGCGACUGGGCAACAGUGACAGCCAUUCAGUGUCGUUUGGACCGAGAAGGAGGAACAAAGCUGUUCACAGAUCUGGUGAUGAGCACCAAGAACGACAAGAUCUUCCAGGAGAGCAUCCAGUUGGCCAUCUGUCUGCUGGAGGGAGGAAACACCGACAUCCAGAACUCCUUCUACAAACUGAUGAUGGGCGACAAUAAGUCCGAGAAGUUCUUUAAAGUUCUUCAUGACAGGAUGAAAGAAGCUCAGAUGGACAUUAAAGCAACAGUUUCUGUGAACGUCGGCGAGAUGACACAUAAAGCCAAUGAGAAGGAGCUGGAAAACGGUGGUUCUUCAACACUUGUACUUCCUGGUUCAGGAGGUCAUCCCCUGUUGGUCCAAGGUCAAUCCAUCGCUCCGGUAACAGGAACCUCCGCCCUGCCAGCUCAGCCGGUAGAAGAGCAGCGGGAGGUGGAGCCGGAGAUGGGGCCAGCCGUUACCAUCAUGAAGCCGAUCCUCAGGUUCCUGCAGCUGCUGUGUGAGAACCACAACCUGGACCUGCAGAACUUUCUGCGCAGCCAGAACAACAAAACCAACUACAACCUGGUGUGUGAGACUCUGCAGUUUCUGGACAUCAUGUGUGGCAGCACCACCGGCGGCUUGGGCCUGCUGGGCCUCUACAUCAAUGAGACCAACGUCGACCUGAUCAUCCAGACUUUGGAGACACUCACAGAGUACUGUCAGGGGCCCUGCCAGGAGAACCAGACAUGCAUCGUGACCCAUGAGUCCAAUGGCAUCGACAUCAUCACAGCUCUGAUCUUGAAUGACAUCAGUCCUCUGUGUCACUAUCAGAUGGAGAUGGUGCUGCAGCUAAAGGACAACGCCUCCAAACUCCUGCUGGCUCUGAUGGAGAGUCGUCAUGACAGCGAGAACGCAGAGAGGAUCCUGUUCAACCUGCGGCCACGAGAGCUGGUGGACGUAAUAAAGAAGGCUUACCAACAGGAAACUGAGUGUGAGGAGAUGGAGGUUUCUCCUCGGGAAGUGGGACACAACAUCUACAUCUUGGCUCAGCAGCUGGCAAGACACAACAAAGUCCUUGGGAACCUCCUAAAAGCUCAAAAGAAGAGUAAAGAAGGAGAGGAGGGAAUUUCUUCCAUGUUGAACCUGAACAACCGUCCGCUGUCCCAGAUGUUGACAUCUUCAGCUCCAGCUGCUGUGGUGGAGCAGGACCCUCUGGAGUACUACGAACAGCUGACUGCACAGAUAGAGAUUGUUCGUGAGGACCGCAGCAUGGAGCAGAUCGUGUUUCCGGUUCACCCGAUCUGUGAGUUUCUGACCGAGGAGUCUAAGGUCAGAGUUUUCGCCACCACCGAGCAGGACGAGCAGGGGUCAAAGGUCACACACUACUUUGAGCAAACCUCCUUCCUGCACGGAGAGAUGGAGUGGCAGAAGAAGCUGAGGAGUAUGCCGGUACUGUACUGGUUCUCCAGGAGGAUGAGUCUGUGGGGGACCAUCUCCUUCAAACUGGCCCUCUUCAUCAACCUUAUCAUCGUCUUUUUCUACCCCUACGACUCCGGUCAAGUGGGGGCCAUUGAUGACUCCAUGUUGUUGAUGGUGUUCUGGAUCAUGGCCGGUCUCUCCGUCUUGGGUCUGUUCUCUCAGCGUUACGGCCUGCAGCCGCUCACCUUGGCUCUGAUAGUCAGGUCCAUCUACCACCUGGGCAUCGGGAACACGCUCAUCCUGCUGGGAUCGCUCAACCUCCUCAACAAGGUGGUGUUUGUGGUGAGUUUUGUGGGGAACAACGGGACCUUCAUUAUGGGCUACAAGGCCAUGAUGAUGGAUGUGGAGUUCCUCUAUCACCUGGUGUAUGUCCUGACCUCCACUCUGGGACUCUUUGUUCAUGAGCUCUUCUACAGCAUCCUGCUGUUCGACCUGAUCUACCGGGAGGAGACUCUGUUCAACGUGAUAAAGAGUGUAACUCGUAACGGCCGCUCCAUCCUGCUGACGGCGCUACUUGCUCUUAUCCUCGUCUACCUCUUCUCCAUCGUAGGCUUCCUCUGCCUGAAAGAGGACUUCAUCAUGGAGGUGGACCCACUGCUGCGCAUUGCUGCAGCUCCUGAACAGAGUGAAGCCUCUGAGGAUUUUCUCAAGUCGUGCUCUGCAGACGGAGUCAGCUGUACCGCCGAGACAAAACUAAAAGUCAUCUCAGAGGAGGAAGGUGAGUCUGACUCGGAGCGGGCCUGCGAUACUCUGCUGAUGUGCAUCGUUACCGUGUUGAACCACGGCCUGAGGAACGGAGGAGGAGUCGGAGACGUUCUCCGCAAACCAUCCAAGAACGAGCCACUGUUUCCCGCCCGCGUGAUCUACGACCUGCUCUUCUACUUCAUCGUCAUCAUCAUCGUUCUCAACUUGAUCUUUGGCGUCAUCAUCGACACGUUCGCCGACUUGAGGAGCGAGAAACAGAAGAAGGAGGAGAUACUGAAGACGACAUGCUUCAUCUGCGGUCUGGAGAGGGACAAGUUCGACAACAAGACGGUGUCGUUCGAAGAGCACAUCACAGUGGAGCAUAACAUCUGGAACUACCUGUACUUCAUCGUCCUGCUGCGUGAGAAGAACAAGACGGACUACACGGGACCCGAGAGCUACGUGGCGCACAUGAUCAACAACAACAACCUGGACUGGUUUCCACGGAUGCAGGCGAUGUCACUGGUGGUAACCGACGGCGACGGGGAGCAGAAUGAGAUGAGGAUGUUGCAGGACAAACUGGCAUCAACAAUGAAGGUGGUGACGACUCUGACCGGCCAGCUGACAGAGCUGAAAGAGCAGAUGACAGAGCAGAGGAAGAGGAGGCAGAGGAUGGGAUUUGUGGACCCCCAGGCGGGAGGGAGCGCCGCACUGCCUCCCAGUGCUGCAGGAGGAAACCACCAGAUCUACAAAUCAUAAAGACCAUCCACAGGCUGGAGCUUCCAGCUGGACUGAUCAUUAGAAACGUUUUAUAAAAACUCUAAAUAUCAGGUUUAGGUUUUCCUAAACAAAUAUAAACCCUUCUGGACUUGCUGUUUAGACUAUUUCACACUAAAAAUCUCCACUUAGUGUCAUAAAAACCUGCUGAAAUGUGUGUAAAAAGCUCACUGUAGUCAUUUACAGAAGAUGUAAAUAGAAACAAUCCUGCAGUUCUCACCUGUUACUGUUUCAGUUUGUAGUCAGGAAAACAAGCCAAGUUUUAUUCCACUGGAGAGAUUUUAGUUUUUAAGUGAUAUUCUUUGUUCUUAUGGUUGAUUUGUGGCAUUUAUUUAUAGAACUCUUGUUUGUCUCACAAUACUAUAAACUAGUGGAGUUAAGACACUGGAAGAUACUUUGAUGAUGAUGACAGAGUACUUUUAGAAGCAGAGUGGAGGACUGACCUCCAAACAGCUCUAAAUAUUAAAAACUUUCAAGUUUAGAGAAAGUUUUUUACUUUUAGAUGGAUUCCUCAGAGCAGCGUGUCCAGCUCUGAGUUAUAGAAACCACUCUGCAAAAGUAUUUUAUUAUAAACUUAUUAUUUAUUAAAUAAAUAAGAUCCCAGUGGUCAUGUUUGGGAUCACGGUUUUCCAGAAAUGUUGCAUGCUGGGUAGAAAAUUAAGAGGGUGGGCGUGUCCAAGAUAAUCUGAAAAUUUAAACAUGUCAUAAAAUGUACAUGUGAAGGUUUCUGGUGCCAACAUGUUUGCAUUAAAGGGUGAAAAGAAAGUUAAAUCUUUCUGAAUAAAACUAAAUGUUUGAGUCCAA